CCGCUUCGGGGGGCGGCUGCCCGGGCGUCCAAGAGGCAGUGGCGGAGGAACCGGUGGGUGCCCGCGCUGCCAGGUCCGCAGGGCUCCGGUGCCGCCCUCAGAGGCCGGUGGGGCUGGUGCCGGUGCUGAGCGGACAGCUCCCCACACUUCCUGCAGCCAGGCACUGUAUGCGGGCCUUCGCGGGACGCAGGGCCCCGGCUGCAGCUGCCCACCCGGCGCCCCGCACUCCCCCAGUCCCUGUCCUUCGCCUUCCCUGAGCAGCGGCGCAUCUGGAGGCUGCUCCCGCGCCCCCCUGGCGACUGGCGCCGGGAAGACACUUGCUUUCCUCGCCGGAUCCCGGCACCUAAGGCUCUGUGAAGUGGGCAGCCCCCGCCCCCGUGGCCUCUGGGAGUGCAUGGCUAUGGGGGCCCUGAGUCUCCAGCGAUCACCCUCAGUCAUGCCCUGAACUGCGCCCCAGCUGUGCAGAGAGACUGCAGGCCCCCAGAGUGGUAAGCACAGUCACCUGCGAAGAUUUCAAGGUGACCAGUGUCUCAGCCCGGACGGACGGUACAGCUUGAACCCAGGCCCCGUGGCAUCCACCCAUCCUGGGUGCAGCCACUUUUCCAGAACUUUUCUCAUGCCUCCUUCUGGUCGAUUACUUAGACCACUGGAAAGUUCUUCUCGAUACACAGAACCUAUUUCCCCGCGGUACCCGAAGUUGGGCAGGGGCUUCGGCUGUAGAAGGAAUGUGACCGAGGAGGAUGCUGGCCCUGCGGCUGCUCAACGUGGUGGCCCCUGCCUACUUCCUUUGCAUUUCCCUGGUGACCUUUGUCCUGCAGAUCUUCCUCUUCCUGCCCAGCAUGCGUGAGGACCCCACAGCCACCCCGCUCUUCUCGCCCGCCGUGCUUCACGGGGCGCUCUUCCUGUUCCUCUCAGCCAAUGCCCUGGGCAAUUACGUCCUGGUCAUCCAGAAUUCCCCAGACGACCUUGGCACCUGCCAGGGAACCUCAUCCCAGCGACCUCAGUGCCCACCGCCCAGCACCCACUUCUGCCGAGUGUGCUCCCGAGUCACGCUGAGGCACGACCAUCACUGUUUCUUCACCGGCAACUGCAUUGGCAGCAGGAACAUGCGCAACUUCAUCCUUUUCUGCCUCUACACCUCACUGGCCUGUCUUUACUCCAUGGUGGCCGGCGUGGCCUACAUCUCAGCUGUUCUUUCCAUCUCCUUCGCCCAUCCCCUGGCCUUCCUCACGCUCCUGCCUACUUCAAUCAGCCAGUUCUUCUCCGGAGCUGUCCUCGGUUCUGACAUGUUCGUCAUCCUCAUGCUCUAUCUCUGGUUCGCUGUCGGCCUGGCCUGUGCCGGCUUCUGCUGCCACCAGCUGCUGCUGAUCCUCCGGGGGCAGACCCGCUACCAGGUUCGAAAGGGGGUGGCAGUGAGAGCCCGGCCCUGGCGCAAGAACUUACAGGAGGUCUUCGGAAAGAGGUGGCUGCUGGGCUUGCUGAUCCCCAUGUUCAAUGUCGGGACUGAAAGCUCCAAGCAGCAGGACAAAUAGCUGGCAAGGACCUUGCCAUUUCUCCGUCUCAGUUCCUUCUGAACGUAAGAUCACAGCACCCCUGUCUCCACCUGUGACACACCACACCCUCCACUAAGAAGGGCCUCAUAUCCACCCCAGACAUUUAACACUCAGAGGAUUUAUAAAAAGGUGCAUUCUGACAUGGAGGGGAAAUGACCACCUGAGCAUCACUAGGCUGCUCACGACCCAGCCAGGGGUGGUAGCUGCUAAUCUGUGAGGGUGUUUCUGUUUCAAGUUAUCUUCUGGGAAGCCCUUCCCCCACCCCCUGCCUGGCCCAUCCGCUGUUAUGUCUCAGGUGUCACCACUUCUGUUAAAGGCCUUCUCCACAUCUGGAUAGUGGAGACUCCAUUCUUGCUGCUGGUAGGAGACUCCCCAGGCCCUGGAGGCUGGUAAGUGGUACAGUUAGCACGCAGGCAGUCCAGUAAGCUUUGCCAACUGCUAGUGGAAAUGGGAAGGGGUGUGGAUACACACUCAUCCUCUAGAAGGGAUAACCAGCAGAAUGUGCACUGGCUGCUCAGCCUAUGUAUAAAGUCUUUCCCCUAGAUAUAGCAGUCAAUAGCCUGGCAUUUUUUAAUGCUGUUCCCUGCCCAGCCUCCUCCAGCUGGCCACUCCAGCCCAGCCCAGGAGUUAACUGGUUACUUCUUUUCCCUGGAAUUCCUCUGGCAUUUGAGCUCCAGCCUCUAGAUUUUUGCUAGAUAUUGGGAAGGGAAGAAGGGAGAGCUAAAGGGGAGUUACCCAUAAGUAACAAGGGAAACAUAUUUCUAUAUAGCCUUAUAUAACCAUAUAUAAGUGUGUGUGUGUGUGUGCGUGCAUGUGUGUGUGUGUAAGGGGGUAGGGGUGAGGAGUGUUGUUAUGAACACAGAGUGAGUAUUGGAGGGGGAGGAUGGAGGGGUAAAUGGGUUGACUCUCUUUCAACCAAAGCCAUCUAGUGUUUGAAUACUGACCUUUGGAGGUAUUUUAACGGGAUCUAGGGAGCUCUCUGCCAGGAGUGCUAUGAAAGAGAUUUUUGCUUCUGUUCUACAUGAGUUUAGAGAUUCCUUUGCAUUCCUGAUUCUGUUAUCCUCUUUGCCACUUCUGGGCCCAAGGGCAAGCUCUUUAGAGACACCUGGGAGUCACCGGCUUUCGUGAGGUGGGGGCGGAGGUGGGAUGAGCAUGGAAAGAGUCUGAAAAUCAGACCACAGAUUUUUCUGCUCCCAGCCCAGCCAUUCUGGAGACUUUCCCGAUGUUCACAGUGGUUUAGAGUGGAUACACUGGAGGACAGGGAGGUGUAACUGUGUUAGGGCCAGGUUGGGGCAGUCACAGGGACAAAGAAGCCUGAAGAUCAUGCUCAGCCCCAAGGGGUUAAUGGGAAUGAGAGAGUAUGGGGGUGCAAUUGCCAGUCCAUUCUUUCCAGUCUGACUAGCUCUAAAUGGGGGUGCUGACUUGAAUUCUGAAACCCAGAGGACCAUACAGACCCCUGGACAUAUGAAGGAGUGGGAGCCACAGAAAAACCCUCUCCAGCCUUGGUCUCGAGGCCAAUCCAACAUUCAUAAAGGUGUUGAGGCUGAAGCCCACAGCCUUCAGUGUCCAGUGGAUGGCCCCAGUGACCCCAGCCACCGCUUCAUAAGACCCUGAAUUCUUGAGCAGAGCUUGGGAGGAUUUUAUGCAGGCCCUACUUUGGCGCCCUCCAGAGGGCUAAUGGAGUAAUGUCGCUCCUGCUCGCUCACUCCCUCCAGCAUUCAUCCUUUGGAGUCUCCCAUGGGUUCAUCCUGCUGUAGUUAUCAAGCACCGACUGCGGGCUGAGUCCUGGUCACUAACAAUCCAGACUGCCCCCAUCAAGGGCAGUUCAUUCCUACAAUUCCACUCUGCUACCUUGGCAGUUGUUGAAGUCAGCCCCUUGGAGAGAAAAUAAGCGGCAGGGCUGAAGGGGAGUUCAGGCUUCCUCCACUAGAGCUGAUUUUACGCACAAUUCUGGCCACCCGUUAGCGGCAUGAGGAAACAAGGGAUGGUCUGAAUGGCUCAGGACUCGGAGAGCUCUUGACCCUAGAGGUCAAACUUGAAAGCCAGCUCUGCAUUGUCCAGGCUCAGAUCAUGAAGUCUGACAUCCCAGAAUGGAAAGAGGAGAAUUUCAGGAGGCCAGCUCCUAAACGCUGGCCCAUGAGGGUGGCUGUGGGGAAUUUGCCAGGUAUGGUAUGUGAGCAGCAUUUGUGUACAUGGCGCCCUGUUUUUAAUGAAGAAUAUGAAUAAAAUUUGUGGUUUUCAACUGUA